AAUACUACUUAAAAUCUUUACUCGUGAUGAUUACUUUCCCGAAACAAUAAAUAAUGCAUAAUGGGCACCACCAAGAGAAAAGAAAAAUGAAUAAAAGCUAAGGCAUGGAGCAAAGCACACUGCAAGAUUCUCUUCUUCUCCGUGUUCCGAAAGCGAAGGGGAAAAAAACACAUAGCAUCAAUCAUAUAAUGAGAAGAAGAAGAAGAAGCAAGAACAAUUAGGUAUUUAGGAUCACCAAAGCAAAAUCAGAGAAAAUUUCAAGGGCCACUCUCUUUUCCUUCUUCCCAUUUUGCCCUUGAAUUUUCUCUAGAUUUUCCUCAUUUCCCUCCGAACAUAUCAUAUCACACACCCAUAUAGCCCAAAAGCCACAACCUGCGAAAUCAAAAAAGAAAAAGAAAAAGAAAACAACAACAACAACAACAACAAUAUCGUAUUCCAUUCCAUAAUGUUGUGUAAACUGGUUCCGGUGCCGCGCAAGAAAAAACCCGGUUUGAACCCGGUUUACCUUAACGUCUACGACCUAACCCCAAUUAACGGUUACGCUUAUUGGCUUGGCCUCGGAGUUUACCAUUCUGGUGUUCAAGUUCAUGGGGUUGAAUAUGGAUUUGGAGCACACGAACGCGACACGACUGGGAUUUUUGAAGUGGAGCCUAGACACUGUCCUGGAUUCACCUUCAGGAAAUCAAUUUUCAUUGGAUCAACGGAUAUGGGGCCGAAGGAUGUUCGCGCGUUCAUGGAGAGGCUGGCUGAAGAGUAUUCUGGGAACACCUACCACCUUAUCCAGAAAAAUUGCAACCACUUCUGCGAAGAUGUUUGUGUCAGAUUAACGGGAAAGUCUAUUCCUCGAUGGGUGAAUCGGCUUGCUAGACUCGGUUUUCUCUGCAACUGUGUUCUUCCACCUAGCCUAAAUGAAACAAAGGUUCGCCAAGUUACAAUAGACAGGGUUCAAGAAGGAGGAGAAAAGAAGAAAAUGAGAAGCCAGUCGAGCAGGUACGAGGCUUCACCCAAUCCUACAUUGUCCAGUAGCCAAAGACAUUGCCUUCCUCCAUCUUCUGUAAUUAAUGCUUCUCCGUCCUCAACCUUAACCGUAAAGUAAAGCUUUGACAGGAGUCGAAGUCCAAACUCCGAAAUAUAUAUAGGCUGUUAGAAUCAUGUAACCAACCAAAGAGGGGUAGAGAAGCAACUUUUUCAUCUGCCCUGUCUUUCUGUUCUGUUGUAUGUAUACCUUUAGUUGUGAGGCAAUGGCAAAAAAAAAAAAAUGAAAUGGUUGCAUUGUCUCUUCUUUUUAAGCGGUUGCUUUCUUCGGUGAACAGAAAGGGUCUUCAUUUCUAGAUUUUUAGUCUGAAUUGAGAUUUAUCCAUGUUACCGCUGAUGUAGAGCAUAUAUAGUAAUGUGUUCAAUGUGUAAGGAUAGUGUUACAUUUGCUGAAGCUCAAAAUAAUGCAAGACAGGAAAUAAAAGAGAGAUGGUGUGUAUGAGGGCAAUAAAGAGUAGUUAGCUGAACCUAAUCAGGGUUCUCUUUUCAACAGUGAUAUGCAAAUGCAAAGUACGAAAUGUUAAAAGAAACAGAAAAUUUGGGGAUGCUGUGUUUCAGAGACCAAAUUAGCUUGAAAUUGAGUUAACUUUGCUUUCUGGACACUCAAAUCCAAAUUAGUCCUUGGACCUUCUAUUAUUAUGCAAGGGUUUAUUAUUAUCUUUUCACGCAGUGGAGUUGGCAUGGAUUUGUUGCUUGAUGGUUGCUGCUGCCAAUGUAUUAUUAAAUGCAAAGCAAUAUUAUAGGUAGAGAAAGAUGCAGCUAAUAGAGUUAGCUGCCACCUCAAUUAGGUAGAAUUUGAGAGCUGUAAUUUUAUAAGCAUCCGUGAGGAGGAUGUGUAUAUGUAAUCUCCUUAAGUUGGUAUCAGUGUGUUUAUUCUUUUUUAUGUUAAUUAGUUGAGUAAUCACA